AUGGCGGUGUUGGGUUCGCUUCUCCAGCUUUUCCUGGUUUACAUCCUGGGAUCUGAAUCGGAAUCCCUGAACUUGAACACGGGGAUAGAUGGACUACUCGGGGAGGCCACCAGGGACUUGCCCCAACUGGAAAUUUGGCUGCGGGCGAGUGGAAGGCAUGAUGAUGUGGCGAAUCCGUAUGUCCAGUGGUUUGUGCAUGAAUCAAAAAUGCCCGUGAGCAUUUUCACAUACGAGGAGGAGGAUUUUCUGGCCCCCGAUCCUUUUGGCCGGAAAAAUGUGGCUUUGGUGAUGAGUUUAAGCCAACUAAUAUCGAAUCGCGGAGCAGCGGCACCCGUCCAGAAAGCCGGUGUUUUCUUCUAUAUCCUCGCCGAUCAAAGGGAGGAUUUAACGGACGAAGAGCAACUGCGUUUGGAGGAUAGCUGCCGACAGCUGUGGAUGCUGCACAAAGUCUACAAUCGCUUUUUCCUAACCGCAAAUGAGACAAUUUGGAUCUAUGAUCCCUUCAAACGUCGCGAUUCGGCCUUUGGGCGAUUGGUGCGAUAUUUCGGCUCCGAGCCGCUGGAAAAACUGCUCUUCCGCGACAUGGAGGGCUAUCCGCUGAGGAUUCAGAUGUUCAAAUCAGUGUACACACGGCCCGAGAUCGACAAGGAUACGGGUAUGCUGACCAGCGUCACUGGCGUCGACUUUCUGGUGGCCCAAAUGCUCAGGGAGCGACUGAAUUUCACUAUGCUGCUGCAGCAGCCGGAGAAAAAUUACUUUGGCGAACGCUAUGCUAAUGGCAGCUACAACGGGGCCAUUGGAUCGAUCAUCAACGACGGCCUGGACAUUUGCCUGACGGGGUUCUUCGUGAAGGACUAUCUGGUGCAGCAGUACAUGGACUUCACAGUGGCGGUCUACGACGAUGAGCUGUGCAUCUAUGUUCCAAAGGCUUCGAGGAUUCCCCAAUCGAUCCUGCCCAUUUUCGCGGUGGGCUACGAUAUUUGGCUGGGCUUCAUUUUGAGCGCCUUUGCGUGUGCCCUCAUUUGGCUAACUCUGCGGGUGAUUAACCUGAAGUUAAGGAUUGUUAAAUGGAAUGCUGAUAUAGUGAAUCAGGCUCUGGGCAUUGUGGUGGAUACGUGGGUGGUCUGGGUGCGCCUGAACCUAAGUCACCUGCCUUCGAGCUACGCGGAGCGAAUGUUUAUCGGCACUCUGUGCCUGGUGAGUGUGAUUUUCGGGGCCAUUUUCGAGUCCAGCCUGGCUACCGUCUACAUCCAUCCGCUGUACUACAAGGAUAUAAAUACAAUGCAGGAGCUCGAUGACAGCGGAUUGAAGGUGGUGUACAAAUACUCCUCGAUGGCGGAUGAUCUGUUCUUUAGCGAAACCUCACCGCUGUUCGCGAGUCUCAAUAGUAAGCUCACCUGGAAUCGAGAUUUGCGCGCCGAUGUCAUCGAUGAGGUGGCCAAACAGAGGAACAAAGCCGGGGUUUCGAGAUACACCUCCUUGGUCCUGGAGUCCUCGCGAUUCACGCUGCUUCGCCAGAUUUGGGUGGUGCCCGAGUGCCCCAAAUACUAUACCAUUUCGUAUGUGAUGCCACGCGAUUCUCCGUGGGAGGAUGCCGUGAAUGCGCUGCUCUUGAGAUUCCUCAGUGCCGGCCUCAUUGUCAAGUGGAUAAAGGACGAGAAGUCGCGGGUGGACAUCAGGAUGCGACUGAGCAUCCUCGAGGCGAAUGCCGAAUCCGAACUGGUGCGCGUCCUGACCAUCGGAGAUCUGCAGCUGGCCUUCUAUGUGGUCAUCGGGGGCAAUUUGUUGGCCCUCCUCGGCUUCUUUGUCGAGCACUUUUGGAGGAAAUUACCAAGGAACGGACGUAAAUAA